CAACUCCGAGUGAUGGACUUUCCACACGAAGAAGACCUCGAGGAGCUAUGUCCAGUGUGCGGUGAUAAGGUGUCCGGCUACCAUUACGGACUACUGACCUGCGAGAGCUGCAAGGGCUUUUUCAAGAGAACAGUACAGAAUAACAAGACGUACACGUGCAGCCAAAAUCAAGACUGUGGUAUAGAUAAGACCCAGCGAAAAAGAUGCCCUUUCUGUCGCUUUCAGAAAUGCCUAAGCGUGGGUAUGAGAUUGGAAGCGGUUCGAGCAGACCGAAUGAGAGGGGGAAGGAAUAAAUUUGGUCCCAUGUAUAAGCGGGACCGUGCGCUCAAACAGCAGAAGAGAGCUUUGUUAAGGGCCCAUGGCUUCAAACUGGAGACAGGUCCUCCUCUGGUGACUCCUGCCCAAACAGAAUACCCUUACUCAGGCAGCAUCCCAGGCCUCCUGCCCCCCUCUCUAUCCCCAGGAGACUAUGACUGCUCCCCCCUUUGCCCCCCUUCCUUGGGUGUAGCUUUACAAAGCUACGGCCAGUUCUCCGCCCAGUAUCAGUACGGUGCGCCCGCUCUCCCAGGCAGAUCCAUAAAGACUGAGUACCCCGAACCGUAUUCCAGCUCUCCGGACUCUUCUCUGGGGUACCCGUACCCGGAGGUGUGCUUGCCCGGUUCCCCGCAGACGCCCCCCGCCGGACCGGGCGCGCCGGCUCUGGUCCUGGAGCUGGUGCGCUGCGACCCGGACGAGCUGCAGGUGCAAGGGAAGAUCAGCGCCUACCUGCAGCAAGAGCAGAGCGGGCGGGGCAAAACCGACAAACCACGCCCCUUCACCCUGCUGUGCCUCAUGGCAGACCAGACGCUGUUCUCCAUCGUGGAGUGGGCCCGCAGUUGUGUCUUCUUCAAGGAGCUGAAGGUCGGGGAUCAGAUGCGGUUGCUCCAUAACUGUUGGAGUGAGCUGCUGGUGCUGGACCACAUCUUCAGACAGGUGCAUCAUGGGAAAGAGAGCAGUAUACUACUUGUAACUGGGCAAGAGAUUGAGGUGUCAUCCAUUUUGGAUCAGGCCGGUCUGACAUUUGCAGAUCUGCUGCAGAGGGGACAGGAGCUGGUCAGGAAACUGCAGGCCAUACAGGUGGACCGCAGGGAGAUGGCCUGCCUCAAAUUUUUGGUCCUCUUCAACCCAAACGUGAAGUUGUUGGAGAACCAGGCGUUUGUGGAGAGCGUGGAGGAGCAGGUGAACAGUGCUCUGUUGGAGUAUACCCUGUGCAUGUACCCUCAGCAUGUGGACAGGUUCAGUCAGCUGCUCCUGCGUCUGCCUGAGCUGCGCAGUCUAAGCAGCCAGGCCGAGGAUUUCCUCUGUUACAAGCACCUGAGUGGAGAAGUACCUUGUAAUAACCUUCUCAUCGAAAUGUUACACGCCAAGAGAGCCACCGUGUAA